AGAAGAGAGCAAGGAAAAACGGAGAAAAAUGGAGAGUAUAGGUAAAGCUUCGGCGAAAGCAUCCCGACCUCAAAGAAUUUCUAACCCGCUCAAUUUGAGCGGGUUUCAAAGUCGCAGAAUUGCCUCUCCUAAUACCCCGCUAAUGCUUUGGAGGUAUUCCAUUCCUUCUGCUUAAAAUUAACCAAAAAGACAAAUUUAGUAAAAAUAUGUUACUUUACCCUCCUAAUUCAGGCAACCAAACAGCCCCCCUAAUACACGCUUAUACAUCCGAUGGUUUCCUUUUAUUUCGUUCAAAAUUACCCAAACAACCAAAUUUAAUAAAUACAGGUAAUUGUUUUACUUUACCCUCCUAAUUCAGACAACCAAACAGCCCCUUAAAAUCUUCGAGGACUUGUGGCUGUUAAGGAGGUACCGAUAACUGCUAACCACCUCUUUCUUUCCGCAUAUCUCGCAGAUGAUCUAUAUAUGUUCUUGAAAUAAUCGAUCUCUCUCUUUUCUCAAUCUUCUCGCUCGUCUCCCUUUUCACUUCCUUUGAUUCAUUGCUAAUUCUAUCGAUCGACGCCGAAUUGGGAAGAAGAAGGUAAAUUCAUCGAUCAUAAGCAAUUAUGUCGCUGGAAAUCACGCCGGAAGACUUUUAUAAGAAUGCGACGGCGAAGCAGGAAAGAGUGUUCUGCUUCCAUGCGAUUAUGACUACCUCGACGGGCAUAUGGCUCGCAGACAACCCUCUCUUGUUCUCCCUUCCUCUCCUUCUUUUUCAGAUCGUUGUCGUCUUCAUCUUCACACGCAUCAGCCACUCCAUCCUCCGGCGCCUCUCCAUUCCUAUCGUCAUCUCGCAGAUCAUAGCGGGGAUUCUACUGGGCCCAUCCUGUAUGGGACGGAUCAAACCCAUCGAAAGGAUUCUUUUCUCCCCUCGCAGCUGGGAACAGCUAAACACCAUCUCGCUUCUCUCCUUCAUGCUCUUCCUCUUCCUCAUCGGCCUGAAAACGGACCUCAGCAUGAUCCCAAAAGCAGGCAGAAAAGCCUUCGCCAUCGCCAUCUGCACAUCCUUCUUCCCAUUCGCGAUCAUCGUCCUCACCGGCUUCCUCCUGAAAUCCAGCAUCCCCUUACGCUUCAAACAGAGAUUCCUCAUCACCAACUUAGCGUCCUCCUGGAGCAUGACUUCCUACACCGUCGUGUCAUGCGUCCUCGCCGAUCUCAAUCUCCUCACAUCAAAACUCGGCCGCCUCGCAAUGUCCGCCACUCUAAUCACCGAGUUCACCAAUCUCUUCAUCACCGCCGUAAUCGGCUCUUACUUGCUGGGAAGCAAGGGCGAUUCUGCCCUAAUGGGAGUGACAUCAAUGGCUGCUUUUCUAGGGUUUAUGGCGUUUCUUGUGUUUGUGGCGAGGCCAUUGACGAUUUUGGCGAUAAGAAAAACAACGCCGGAAGGUGGAAUGCUCGAUGAGGCGUGCUUUGUUGGGGUGAUUCUCCUUGCUUUCGUUUGUGGGUUUGUGAGUGAGCUGAUUGGGUAUCAUGCGACGAUGGGGCCGUUUAUGUUGGGAUUGAUGUUGCCGGGAGGGGCGCCAUUGGGGGUGACGAUGGUGGAGAAAUUGGAGAGACUGGUGGUGGGGGUAUUCUUGCCGGUGUUCUUGGCGUCGGCGGGGCUGAGGUUGGAUUUGUGGACAUUGGGGGAUAGGGUGGAGGAAUGGAUGGUUUUGUUCUUCUAUUUGAUGAUUGGGGUUUCGGCGAAGUUUGUCGGUGGGGUGGUGCCGUGCUUCUAUUGCAAGAUGCCGAUGAGGGAUUGUCUUGCCAUUGGGUUGAUGAUGAUUAGCAAAGGGAUUUAUGAGAUC